AUGUCGAAAUUAAAGACAUGGAAUCACCCAUUCGGGGUGCAAGUGCAGCGUUUCCACCAACUGGGCCUCCAUCCGGGUCUAUAUCGCACAGCCCCGAAUGACCGUACUCCAUGUGAUUACGACCCCAUUCAGCCGAGGUGCAUCCGUAAGCCAAAUGUGAACAACUGGCAGCCAUGGCAGAUUGAACAUGAGUCGCAAGAGUUCUCGAAGAACUUCGGGUACGAGCAUGCAGAUCUACUCGCCGAGCGCAAAUUCAUGCGCGGACAACUUGGCCCAGGCUCACAUGAUAUCAAUUUAGGCUUGUAUAAGCAAGCAGAUGUCUCACCUUGCUUGAAUCAGAACCUUGGCAAGCAAAAACGCUUCCAAUCGAAAGAGAUUCUUUCACCUGGUCCCGCCGGGCGAUACUUCUCAAAACCAUACACGCAUAAAGUACCGCAUGUGGGUAACACUCUAAAUCGUAGCCCACGCUUCAAAGAACUAUCCAAGUCGUGGAAGUUGCCUUGUAAUCGCUACACAGUAAUACAUCCGAAUUCAUUGGAAGCGCUGCUGAACAAAGUCACAUCUGUACGUGGACCGUAUGAUAUUUUCACUGGGCCGAGAGAUAAUGCCAAUAUGUUUAACAAGAUGUCGACUGGUACGCGAUGUUCGCCGGAUAAGUACUACAAUUGGCCCAGUGCGUUGGACGUUUACUUACGCCAUCCAAAAAACAAAAUGAAAGGAAAAUUUAACAAAGCAACUCGGUUUCAAACACAUCCAACUUGUCGUCACUUACUAGACGAUAUUUCCACAUGCUACAAAAAUCCAAACUGGCCUGGUCCAGCACAGUAUGUUAUUCCUUCAGGUAUAACCGCUUCUAAAGAACAAAAGUACAUGUUUGGAAUAACCGGCUUGGAAGUCCGACCAGCCCUAAAAUGGAAGAUAUCGCCAGGACCAGGAAGAUAUCACAUUAAAUAUUCGCAAUCAUGCUCACAAUCAAAGAAGAAGAACUUGACGAGUGUUUUCAUGUCAAAGACUAAGCGCACCGAGUAUAAAGCGCCGAUUUAUAACGCCUUCUAACAAAUAAAACCAACUAUAUAUCUA